UUGUGCAAAGCCCCUACCUAUAAUUCCAUCAGAGUACAGAUGAGUAAGAUGAGUGCUGAUGAUGAGUACAGAUGACCGAAUGCAGCGUCGAUUAUUCAUGGAUGGUUGUAAUGACAAAAUAUGGAAUUAUCUUAAAAUGACUCAUUGAGUUUACUUUGAGGUGUUGAUCAGAUGUUAAAUAUCUUGAGUAAAUCUUGAGUCACACUUGAAUUUCUAACCUCUAUAAAGUCUUCAACAAGUGUGGUUGACGAGAAUGAGUGAUCAUAACCGAGAUUGUGACAAUAGAAGUGACAACUGACAGGUCGAUGCAAUACGGACAAUUAACGCACAUUCUUUCAAAGAGAAAAUUUAGCUCACAUUCCGGAUUCCCUGCAAUAAACCUGGUAUCCGAAUAUUCUCGAAACUAAAACAAAGACAUUGCAUGCCAAUGUCACGUGCGAGGUGGGACGGAGAGAGGUUCUUUUCACAAGCAACGUGCUCACAUGGCGAGAACGAAUAGAUUAAUGUAGAAGUGUGAUUAAUGGCGAAUUCAAUUGGAAGCACUAGCGGAUACUAAACCUGAGUGCACUGGUCUUUAGCCACAAUUUAUCAUCAACGAACAGAAUUGUUCGUGCAUGUCAUGCACUUCCGGGGAAGAUAUUUGUGCAAAUAGAGAGAAUGCCUCAAACGACCACUAUCGAAACUCUUACUGUAACCAGACCACUUAAGGUGAUCGCGUUUAUAUGCGGGAUCAUAGUGGUGCUGCUGAUGAUAAUGGGCUUGGCGUCGACCGACUGGCUGAUGGCUCUGGGAUGGAGACAGGGCUUGUUCGCCCACUGCAUCGAGGAAGGUGCCCCAACACCACUCCCCUUCAACAUGCCCGAUCCUCCGGGAUGCUACGCAGCCAGGGACAGCGCUUACAUAAAGGCAGCUGCGGCUUUGUGCGUAGUGUGUCUUCUGACGGACAUCGCUGCGACAAUUCUCACUGGUUUGGGUUUGCGCACACAAGAUCACAGGGACAAACAUAAAUAUUAUAGAUUUGCAGUAUUCUGCAUGGGCAUUGCACUGGUGUCCCUACUAAUAGCACUGAUCAUAUAUCCCAUAUGCUUUGCAGCAGAAUUGAAUCUCGGAAACCGAACCAACUGGGAAUUCGGUUGGGCGUACGGCGUCGGUUGGGGCGCGGUAAUUUUCCUAGUUGGAGGAGCAGUAUUGCUGUUGUGCGAGAAGGAAAGUGAAGAGAUUUACUAUAAGGAAAAGAAAACUGUUCGUGAUGACAUAGGAAGUGGCGGUUCCAUGAUUGGCAUGGGACAUCACGCUGGACGAAGUGGAACGCAGCUAGCCUAGUGGCAUUGCUCCCUGCCCGAUGUUGUUCUCUAGGUGAUUCGUUUUAUCUUUUUCUGCUCUCACAGUUCGACACAUGCGCAUACGAGAAGGUAUACAAGCCUAUGAAUGGAUUUUUGGUAGGGCAUUUUUGGCUAAACACAAAAAAAAUUACCCUACGGAUUCUUCGAUCAAUCUAACUUGGAUACACAAAGUAUCAGCAGUUUAAAUUGAAUAAUCUUUG